CUUUGGUUAUUGAUUUUCCCGGUCCCUGAAAAACGCACAAAAGUCACCAGUCGAUGCCUCUGUCACGGAUAAAGGUGUAAAUAUUUUGGAAAUCCAUCGAAAUGAAUCGUCCUGGUGGUCUGUGAUCGGGGACAUGAUUGUGCAGUGGAUCUUUCGGGUGAUAGAUGACAGAAAACGUCAAUAGUUGGGGAUGGAAAACGAACAUAUUAAGAGGCUCUUACUACCCGACGAGGAGACUCUUGUCGAACAGAUCAUAAGGUAUGGCCUUUAUGUCGGGGCUGUCUUCCAAGUUAUCUGCAUUUUAACUGUCGCAAUCUAUCAUAAUUGGCCAGGCGAUGGUUUCUCCUCACUCAAGGAUGAUCCAACGAGUGAUGUCGACUGCUCCGAAAGCAGUCCACAGGUGACGCCGAGGAAGCCUCAUCGUGGCCGAAAACAGGAGAAAAAGAAGAGACGUUGAAAUAUAUCAUCCUCAUGCCAAUUACGAGGAAUUAUUCAGAUCACUAAUGUAACUUACCUUUGAAUUAACUGUACUUAAUGAUCACUUCAGUUCAACACUUUUGUAUCUAAUAUGAAUAUUUAUAUGAGAGGUGGAGAAAUAUCGACUUUAUCAACGAAUCAA